CUGCUCAUGGCUGACUCAUGAUUUGAAGUUCUUCGAAGUACAACUGGAAUUUCGCUUGAAAUUUCUCCCCUAAUUUAUCCCAAAGGCCUUGAUAUUCGGUCAACAUGACUGAAGUUAUCUCUGGACUCGUCUCCGAGGCUAAAAAGAACAAAUUCUCCUCAAUUCCGAAGCUGUCUGAGGAAGAUAUUGUCAGCGUCUGGGAGAAUGUAUCUCAAUUCAUUAUCAAACAAAUGAAACUUCAGAAGGGAGUCGCAAUUCCAGGUCUAGGGGURUUUACUUUCAGUCAAAGGAAACUGGAUGUCGGAAAUAAUAAGUUUAUAUUGAUGCAACGGCCCGUMUUUGUGCUGUCCGAAAAGUUUGCAAUGACMCACGGMUUGACAAGCUCCAAACAGUAUACAUCUGGUCAGAUUCCAGUAGUCCAGCUCAAUUUUGCUGCAUUAUCUUAUGAAACACCUUUUGACAGAGAYAAUGUCGAAAGUUGUGUAAAAGAGGUCUUACAAGCUCUAAGCCGGUCAAUUCAAGCAAAGAGAAAUGUUGAAUUCCACUUCUCUGGAAUGGGAAGGCUAUCUAUUCGGGACUCCAAAGUCAAGAUGAAAUUUUAUAAAGAUUUUGUUAAAAGCAUGGAYGGMUCAGGAAGUCUUCUCAGAGCUCUUUCUAAUAGACCAGAAACGGCAGAUUCUGUGGUAUCCGAAGGUUUCUUCACACCAAGACCUCAUACUAGUAACACAUUGGUCCUUCCUCGGAUCCAACCAGGGGCUGGGCUAGACAAGAAACAAUCAGAUGCUGCCAUGGUAACCAUUGCUGAAGAAGAUGAUGUAAUUGAUGAGGAUGAAUUAAAUAAUACUAACGAAGACGUAGUAGGUGGUGAUGAUACAGAACGUGGUCCAAAGGAACAUAUACCAAAAGUCGAAUUAUUAUUAGGGGACACUACUACCGAAGAACAAGUUCAACAAAAACCUCCAGCUCCUGCUCAAUCUCCACCGCAACAAACUCGAUCCAGAUCCCCUCUUUCACCCGCCAAAGCAACUGCUGUAAGCUACAGUGCUCUAGAUCAGCCUGCCACUCCCGUGAGGACCCCUACUAGGAAAAAGACGGCGGACUCGGUUUCCAGGGAGCGAACUGUUGAAAAAUCGAUUGAUGCUGGAUCGAAGUUAAGUCCGACCGAUCUAUUUGACUUACCACGUACUCAAAGCAAGACGCAGAUUGUGAAGGAGCCAGUUUCYCGUACAGAAAGCAGAUGCACAGUCCAUGGCUCUAGAGGAGGGCAGGAAUUGUGUUACCUCUGCCACCAGCGAGCAGAAAAGAACGUACCUGUCUAUCUAAGUGAGGAAAGACGUCGUAAAGAAAUGGAACAGGACCGUUUACUACAAGARUACCAACACCAAAAGGACGCWGAGGCCAUCUUGGCUGAACAGAACAAGAACAUGGAGAAUCGUCGGUACAACCAGAAAGUUGCUGCCUUCAAUCUUGGUGCCGCUGAAGCAGUGAAGGAUAAGAAUAAUGCACGGCCAACUGACUUUUCUAGAUCYUAUUUGUUUCAAAACCGUGCUCUGACGCCUCCACGCUUCAUACAACAAAAAGCGUAUUCAGAAAACUUAAAAGGCCAGGUUACAGCCAAGAGUCAAAAGCUAAGUCGUCUUGCGCGAGAACAGGAAUUUCUUGACAGAUUGGAGCAAAUACAGCUAGCGGAGGACCUUGCUCUUCAAAGAGAGCAAUAUCUCCGAGAGAAGAAAAUCACAAGCGAUCUUUACAAGAAAGCUUUAGACACACAGGUUCGUUUCAAGCCUCUACCAAUUCCAGCUCUUGAGCCCGACUCAAGUGGUCCCAUAUUUGGAAUCCAUGAUGUCACAGAAGAAAAGCUUGAAGAGCAGCGAAGACGKGCACGUAAAUUGUACCGUGAACAACUUGACAUGGUUUCACAGAAGAAACGUGAGGCCAUAUUGAAUGAUUUACGCAACCAAAAGGAGGAGGUUGAUAUGCUGGAACGAACUAAAAGAGAUAUUAUCCUUGAUCGCUCAGUGCGACAUCAAGAACACCUUCAGACUCGUCGCUCACUCGAGCAAUCCUGGGCAGAGCACGUGCAGAAGAAGAARUCACGUGAAGACGAAGAGAGGGAACGUAGCUUGUCCCCAGGAAUGCUCAUCCAUGAGCAAUGCGACAAGUACAAGCGGUGUAACCAAUGCGGUAGACGCCCACAGAACUGCGGGGAGUCAAACGUCUGGUCAGAAUCUCGCUACGUCCCCGGCUCCCGUCUCAUCGUCUAGCCUUUCGCACUCCACGGCUCUUCAAACAUAUUGUAAAUCUUUCAAAAAAGCAACAGCUUUUUCUGCUACUUCAAAAUAAUUUAUUGAUCAUAGUUUUCCAUGUCCUGCCAAUAUUUGAGUUUAUCUUAGGCGAUAUGGGAUCCCUGUGUACGAUCAUAGGAAAGAGGACUGGGCAACAGCGAAUAUUUCAUAGUAAUAUAACUGGCAUGAUUAGCAAUACGAAAUAACUGUAAAUCAAACAGUAAGAAAUCACAGUGUGAUAGUAUCAAUUCUUUGCAGAUAUUAUAAAUAGUGUGUUCAUCAAGUGUGCUUUUACAAUAAAAAAAAUAUAUAUACGAAAUUCUUAAAAAAUAACGCGUUGG